AUGAGUUGGGGAGGCUUCAAGAAAGCUGUCAAUCGAGCGGGCAAUAGUGUGCUAAUCAAAAAUGUUGACAAAACGGUGGAUAAAGAAUACGACAUCGAGGAGCGCCGUUACAAGACUCUAGAAAGAGCCGGCAAGGAGCUCCAAAAGGAGGCUAAGGGCUACUUGGACUCUCUCCGAGCUGUCACUGCUUCUCAGGUUACGAUUGCUGAGGUGAUUUCGAGUCUUUACGACGACUCUAAGUCUGUGAGUGGAGGUGGAUAUAAUGUUGGAAACUAUUACCUUCAAUGUGUGCAAGAUUUUGACUCAGAGACCGUGAAACAGCUUGAUGGUCCCUUUCGAGAAACUGUCCUGGACCCAAUCACAAAGUUUUCUAUGUAUUUCAAUGAAAUUGGCGAUGCUAUCAAGAAACGGGACCACAAGAAGCAAGAUUACGACGCUGCCAAAGCUAAAGUCCGUCGCCUCAUUGAUAAACCUGCUAAGGACGCUUCUAAGCUUCCAAGAGCCGAGAAAGAGCUUUCAUUGGCGAAGGAUAUUUUUGACAAUCUAAACGAACAGCUUAAAACAGAAUUGCCUCAAUUGGUUUCACUGAGAGUGCCUUACUAUGAUCCAAGUUUUGAAGCUCUUGUAAAAAUUCAGCUGCGAUUUUGUACAGAAGGAUACACACGACUUGCUCAAAUUCAGCAGUAUCUCGAUCAACAAUCUCGCGAUGAAUACGCCAAUGGUGUGUUAGAUGAGAAGAUAGCUGGCCUUCUCCAGCAAAUGAAUAACCUCAAUAUUUGUGCAUUAGGGUUCAAGUAA